CUGUUGUGAUACAUACUUAUACAUUCCUCAAGUCUUACUUGUGUUAUGGAAAUCGGUCUCAUUUUAUUUUGAAACACGUGAGCGGAAGUCGUGUAUUUGUACUGGCUCAGGCUUUGGCGCUAGUGAAUCAACGUGUUGGCUACAUUGCGUUGCACUGAUGCUGCGCUUGCUGUGUGGAUCCAGUCUCCUCCAUCCAUGCUACAGCGGCGGUAGAAGCGUCCUACUUACUACCCAGAAACAGCACCUCACGGCGGGGACCCAGUGACGAAGCACCGCCCGCUUAAUAGCCGCCCCGCCCGGCGUAUGGACAGUCCGGCACAAUGACAGAGGAUUUGUGGGUGCCUCUGUCGUAUACCAACAACAACAGGUCGCAUGGAUAAUCCCACUUCAGCCCUGUCGUAUCAUCUCCUGUUUAGGAUGAUUAGAGCGCCGCUGUCGGCUUGAUGUGGCCGGAGAGCAGAGCGGGAGCGGGGCUUCUCGUCCUGGACAUCGACUGAGAGAUAAAACGGCGUGGAGCAGGUGUAGUGUGGCUGGAGGGCUUAGCAAGAUGGAAAUAGAUGCCCUUUUUCGCUACUAUUUCCAGCACCCGUGGUCCCGUCUCAUUGUGGCGUACCUCGUCACCUUUUUUAACUUCCUAAUUUUCGCCGAGGACCCCAUCUCUCACAGUCAGACAGAGGCCCAUAUGAUUGUGGUGGGGAACUGUUUCUCUUUCCUCUUCAACAAGUACCCAGGCCUCGGGUGGAACAUCCUGAAAGUAAUUUGCUGGAUACUGGCCAUUAUCACUGGCCUGUUAGCCGGGAAGUUUAUAUUUCACCGCCAGCUCUUUGGUCGAUACCUGCGCCUGAAAAUGUUCCGCGAGGAUCAUGGCUCCUGGAUGACCAUGUUCUUCAGCACCAUCCUCUUCCUCUUCAUCUUCUCACACAUCUACAACCUAUUCCUGCUGAUGGCUGGGAGCAUGGAGCCUCACAUGGUGACAGAAUACAUGGGCAUCAGGAAUGAGAGUUUUAUGAAGAUUGCUGCUGUGGGGACAUGGAUGGGAGAUUUUGUCACUGCCUGGAUGGUGACAGACAUGAUGCUCCAGGAUCAGCACUACCCAGACUGGGGCAAAGCUGCCAGAAGGUUCUGGAAACAAGGCAACAACAGGAUCGUCCUAUUCUGGACAGUUCUCAUCUCUCUGACAUCGGUAGUGGUUCUGGUCAUCAGUACCGACUGGAUCAGCUGGGACAACCUGAACCGAGGCUUCCUGCCCAGUGAUGAGGUCUCCAGAGCCUUCCUAGCUUCCUUCAUCUUGGUCUUUGACCUUCUCAUUGUCAUGCAGGACUGGGAGUUCCCUCACUUCAUGGGUGACCUGGAUAUGAAUCUACCAGGAAUGUCUACAACGCAUGUGAAGGUUAAGCUUCCUGUCUGCAAGCGCAUCUUUAAAGAGGAGUACCACAUUCAUAUCACAGGUAAGUGGUUCAACUAUGGUAUCAUCUUCCUCGUGCUGAUUUUGGACCUUAAUAUGUGGAAGAACCAGAUCUUCUAUAAGCCCUAUGAAUAUGGGCAGUAUGUUGGGCCUGGUGAGAAGAUCUUCACAGUGGAGGAGCCAGAAACCCUCAAGGACUUCAAUCACAGCACACUCACCUACGAGUGGCGCUCCACCAACGUUGACCCUAGGACCAACUUAACCUACGUGGAGCGGGACAUGUUCCUCCACAGCCGCUACAUUGGAGCCAGCUUGGAUGUGAAAUGCCUGGCCUUUAUUCCGAGCCUAGUGGCGUUCGUACUCUUUGGGUUUUUCAUCUGGCUAUUUGGUCGAUUUCAGGACAGUGAGACCUUCACAGAAAAUCCAGACAAGACUUACGAAAGGAUAAAGAGGAAGUCGCCAUCCGAGUACAGCAAGGAAAUGGGCGCGACGCCAGAGGAGACACAUGUCACUGUGAGCGAUAGCCUCAAACGAUCAGGAACGCCGAUGCUUCUGUCGGUGGACGGGCCGCACUUUGGAGCGACACCCUCUACGAACUCUACGAUUUCCAUGGAAACCCAAGAGACACAUCCGAGCAUUGUGAUCGACAGCACGGAGCAGGAUGAACCGGCAGUCUCUUUCGAUGUUCACAAAUUCUCCCCGUGACUUGAUGAACCUCUGAAACUUUGUACCUGCAGACAAGUUGGAACCAACAUGGUCAAUGGUAAACAACUCGAGCAUGUUUAUUCAGGACAGCGCGAGGUGACAGAGGAGGAUCUUUAACACAAUUCUUCAAGUGAAGGACAGAGUGUUAUUUACCAAGCCUAACCUUGAUGGCUGUUCCAGUCAUAUUAAUAUAUUUUUGUACCAAAAGCAUUUUAAAAGUCUUUAAAUGGCACCAAUUCUGAUACAUAGCAGAUCCAUUGCAAAACCUCAACUGACCAGGUGCUACCUUGGAUUUUACAUUUUCCUAAUUCGAUUUUGUCAAGGUACACUAAUGGGUGCCUGUAACAGAGAACUAUUUCUACAGAUGUGACCUUCGGUUAGUGGAGUUUUAUUGUUUCAAAACAGUGUUAUAACUACAGCAGUGCCUUGAUAUUUCAUAUAUUCAGAUACGCAAAGCAUAUUCUAAACAGCCUGUGUGACUAUAAGGAUCUGCUUUACUAAUGUCUGACAUACUGUAUGCUCUUAUCAUAUUGACAUCAUGUUACCUCAUUUGAUCCUAAAACUUUAUCAUUUUAAUUUAUUCUCAUGUGAUGUCACUCUUACUACGUUUUAAUUGUGUUUAUGACCAUCGGUGCACGGUGACGACCUCCUCAUUUACCCUCACUUGAUUUUAGUUGCAAAGAUAAUAAAUGCAAUCAGCAGAGAUCAAAUAGCUAAGCAGCAAGCCACCUCAUGAUUGCUUAUGUGGCUGCUGCACCUUUACUGAAUACCAACAGAGGGAGAAAAGGUGGUUUUUGCCCUUGGCAUAAACAUAAAUGUAAACCAUUGAAGUGCAGCGGUGACUUCUCCAAAGCUCAGGGCUUCUUUAUGUAAAGCUAAAAGUUGUAAAAGCAGAUUUUGUUUUCUGUUUUAUUGCAUGAAAGAAAAGGUGCAUUAUCCUACUGUAAAAGAAACCCUCAUUUCAAACAUAACUAAAAGCUGCAGCAUUUAAGCUUAAACUGGCUUUAAUGUGUAAAAGUGUUUGUACCUCUAAAUUUGGGGGUUGUUUGGUCCAAAAACUUGUUGUUUUUUGUUUUUUUUAUACAAUAAAAUAACCAUCUAAAUUAAGUUUGUUGUUAAUUAUAUAAUGAACUUGCUCAUGCUUUUGACCAAAGAUGCUCAGUCAUGCAGUAUUUUGAACAUAUUUGCAAGAAAAUGUGAUGAUUUGGGACAAAGACAUGUACACACUGAGACAACGCAAGAUAGCAUGUGUUCUUGUUGUACUCUGCAUUGAUGUAUAAUGCACAAUAUUACACUGUGGCUGCAGAAAUAAGAAACUAUGACAUAUAUCUAUAUGAUAUUUCUCAAAUAGUCUGCUUUGUUUGGCAAUGAAAGCUACAGCAGUCAUCAUGUAACAGAAUAUGACCCGAUUUCUUACAGUUUGUAAACUAUUAUCUACAGUACAAAUUAAUAUAAUUACAUUCACAUUAAUGGAUUAUCGUUUAAUUUUUUUAUCUUUAAUUUUUGAAAUCACCAAAAUAAUUAAAAUGUCUUUUUAUUUAAGGUUGAGGUCCUAUUCUGGUAGAACAUUAUACAGUGGAGUUUCCUGCGUUUGUGUUUUUGUGUGUGUGAACUGGAAGCAGAGCGAGAGAGAGAUGUCCACUUGUGUCUGUACAUGAUGUUUUAUACUUAACAGUCCAUGUGGGUGAUUUGUGUGUGUGUGUGUGUGCAGACGCUUGUGAAGUGUGUAGGUGUUUGCUGCUACACUUCUUUUCAACAAAGGCCAUUCUGUGAAGAGGUCAAUUUAUUCAGCAUAAUUGGUUUGCAGCUCUUGGUUUAGUAAUUAUCCUUUUAUACAUUAAAGCUCUGUGAAGACAUUAGAUAUUAGUGUUUUACCAAAGGGCAGAACCUCUUUGGACAUGAAGGGGCUCUAAUAUGUUUGGAAUGCAGCUGUAAUUGUUUGGGUUAAAAGUGAGGCCUUUGUCUUGUUCGGACUGUUUUCAUUGUGUCGUGCCGCAUAACUGACAAUUCCUACAAGUUCCUCUCUGUUUUUUGAAGCAGAGGAGAUUGUUCAGUGUUUGCGCAGUGUACUGUACUACUGUUGAACCUUGUGCUACCAAGAAAUUAAUAAAUUUUUUACAUUCUG